AUGCAAAUCUGCAGUAUUAACAUUCCGAAACAACCCCUCCUCCUCCUCAAGCCCUUCCUCUUAUCCCUCUUCUUCUCCUUCGCCUUCCUCCUCACCUUCCUGUCCUCCCAAACCCAGCCUGUUCACCCGAAAACGACGCCGUACGCCUCCCUCCAAAAAUCCACAAACAAUAUUCCAUUGUCAUUAAUCAACUCAUCAUCAUCAUCAUCAACCGCCGACCUCCGCAUCAGACGGCGCUACCCCACCUACGAAUCCUACAUCCACCACCAGCUUAACAAAACCCUCAAUCCCAAACUCCGCAAAAUCUGGACCACCCGCGACUGGGACCGCAAAGUCCGCGUCUUCUCCGAGUUCUUCUCCAGCCUCACGCGCCGCCGCCUCCUCUCCAACUCCUCCAACUCCCUCUGCCUCGGCGCCCGCGUCGGCCAGGAGGUCGCCGCCCUCCGGCGCGUCGGCGUUUCCGAAUCCAUCGGCAUCGACCUCGUCCCCAGGCCGCCUCUGGUGGCGGCGGGUGACUUCCACGCGCAGCCCUUCGCCGACGAGACGUUCGACUUCGAAUUCUCGAACGUGUUCGACCACGCGCUUUACCCGUGGAAGUUCGUGGCGGAGAUCGAACGGACGCUGAAGCCCGGCGGGGUCUGCGCCUUACACGUGGCAAUAUCUAAACGGGCGGAUAAGUACUCGGCGAAUGACUUGUUUAGUGUGGGCCCGUUAGUGGAAUUGUUCAAAGGGUCUGAUCUUGUUGAGGUUAGGGAGAUUGAUGGGUUUGGGCUUGACACUGAAGUCGUUUUUCGGAAGAAGAGAGACUCAAAGAUUGUAGUGAGAGAAACAAUUUAUUGUCAAAAGAGAGAUUGA